AUGCAAAAACUGACGGAGCGCAUAGACGACCUGAAGCAGAGAAUCGCUGCUUGGGGAAAGCGGAUUCGGCGAUAUACCGAGAGGACGACACGGUUUAACCAGAAUCGUCUCUUUCAGAGUGAUACGAAGAGGCUCUAUAAAUCGUUGGAGCGACCAAUGGUAAGUGGAACGGGCCCAGCACCGAAUCAGGCCGACACUGUAGCAUUCUGGCGCGGCCUGUGGUCAGAGCCCAUAAACCACAGCGAGGGCCCUUGGACGGAAGUUGUGGUGAGUCAGUGUGCGAGUAUAACGCCCAUGGACCCCGUCAUUAUAACGCCGGAUGACGUAGCUGAGGCGGUCCGUAGGGCCCCGAACUGA